GUAAAACAGACCGGGAUCUUCCCGGAAGGUGUAUUUUUCUGAGUUUUAUCACUGAAAUUAGGCAAUAUGAGUGAUUCUGAAUUCAUUUUCGACGCGGACAAUAAAAUCGACGGACGUUAUGGCUAUUAUGUGUUCUUUGGAAGCAUUGUCCUGUUUGGAACCCUCAAUUUUAUCGUGGGUGUGUUAGGGCCCCCAAAAAGUGUGAAAGCUGAGGCAGACCUAUGGAGUAACCUGGUGAUAUCGUGGAUACACGGCCUCAUAGCUGGAAUUUGGGAUAUAUUAUGCUUUGCUCUUUAUCCAGACUUCUUAGAUGAUCUAGUGCACAACAUAGACUAUUUCACGUACCUAUUGGUUGCUUUCUCUACAGGGUACUUUGUGUAUGAUUUCCUGGAUCUCGCAGUUAAAGGUCGACUGCUCUCAAGCUGGGAGGUCACAGUCCACCAUAUAGCAGUGAUUUCCAUGUUCUGGUAUAACUUCCAUUGUCGGAUGUGUAUAGGGUACAAUAUCUUAGCCCUGAUGGCGGAAAUCAACAGCUUUUGGCUUCACUCACGAAAACUUAUGCAAAUGAUGCAGUACAAAUUCGAUAACAAGUUCUACAUGUCCGUGUGUAUUGUGAACCUCGUGUCGUUUUUCUUUUGCCGUACAUUGCCACUGGCCAGAAUCAUGUACGGAAUGGUAAUUGACCACCACCAAGUGCCGAUGGCUUAUUAUAUCUGUCUUUCAGCUUCCAUGUUUAUAAUGAAUGGUAUCAGCCCGGUCCUAUUCUGGAGACUGUUUAGAAAUGACAUUUUGAGGAAUUUACAAAGAAGUAGAGCGGCAAAGCAAACAGCCAUGACAAAUGGGCAUAAAGAAGAGAAUAGUCAUAUAAAAUCGAGUUAAAUUAGGCAAAAAGUAAUAAUUGUUUGUUUUUUUCUUAUUUCACUGCUAUCUGGGUAGGUCGUGAUGUUUUUCAUUUUGAUUUUAGUUAUGUCUGAAUAUUAUUUUCACACUGAAAACUGUGUUCUUUUUGUUUGGGUACUUUAACACGCGUUUCCUGUGCAUGAAACUACUAAUUAUUUAUCCCACAAGAAAAACUAUUGGCUGCUGGCAAUUAAAAUAAAUAAAAAAUACUGUCAGUAGAAAAAAUAUGGUAGGUCAGGGAACUGGAAAAAAACAUUUGUUUUUGUUAAGCCUUAGAAGUUUUUACUUGGGGCUUAUGAUGCGUUGUACUUUAAAGCACAUGUUAUGAAUCAUGAUGAUAUUAGGUACAUGUAUAUAUAUUUUCAAUGGAAUCCUUUUUAUAUGUGAGAUUUGCCUCUGUUAUGUUUACUUAUUUUUUAGAUUUUGUUUUGACAAUAUUUUUUGCUUUAUUUAAAUUUUACAUGAAUGUGUAAAACUAUUGAAUCAUUUCGGAUGUGAUAUAAGGCUUUUGUGGCAUUUUUCAUCAUAUUUGAAAUCUUAAUUUUUUUGUUGAACAAAUUAUAAGAUAGCUUGAUAAGUUGGUCAUGGUCACUUCAUGUACGCUCAGAUAUUUGUGGGUUUUUAACAUUCGACCCUACCCUAAUACUAAUACUGCCAUAAUUUUACCAUGUAUAGGGUUUUGGCAUCUACCAGUAUCAAGUUUUAUUUGUAUUCCUAAUCUAACAUGAUCAGCAGUUGAGUGAAACCCCAGGUGGUUCCAUUUUGAGUGUUACUUAGAACCUUACCACUUUUAACCUUAUAAAUGCUUUGUAUCUCUUGAAAAUUAAUUGCUUUGUUUCAUUUAAAGAAUUUGAUUGUAGAAAUACUAGGAUAGGUUAUAUGCAGGGGAAUUUUAGUGAGAAUAAUCAUGUAAAUAGAGGAUAAUUGUUUGUUUUAGUACAAGAUCACAAUAUAUUUCACUGAGUGAGCACCAACAGUUACGUUUCACGAGUGGCAUAGCCACAAGUGAAAUAUUCACUUUUGGUGUUCACAAGGUUUACAUGAUUAUUCUCACUAAAUUUUCCCUGCAUAUAACCUAUCCUUCACUGAAUCUUUCACAGAAGCCAACAUUUUUCUUUUUAUUAUAUGCUUAAAAAUGAUAAAAAAUGACAUUUGAUCAUCGUUCAGAAAAGCGCACCAAAUUGUAUGCGAAAAUACAGUGAUAUAACAUUUUUAUUUCACUGAUAAAUCACUGGAAAGCAUAUAAUUAAAACUAUUAAUACUAGGUUAAGUAGUUCUCUCACUGAAAAAAGGAAACCUUAACAAUAUUAUUCCAUGUCCAUAAAUAUGAUCCAUAGUAUUAUAAGUAAGCAGGGAAUGAUUUUAAACUUAUUCUUGGGAUAAUAGCUGCAUACUAUCUAUUGUUUAAUAAUGGUAGAUAAAUCUUGCAGAAAAUAGAUUUGUUUCUGUACGAGCUUACUAAAAAUAUUUGAAAUUUUCUGCAAGACAAUGUUCUUUCUUAGUGUUUGCUCAAAGUUAGCAAUGUACUGGUUAUUGAAGUUAGCCAAGGUAGUUUAAGUGUACAUAUUUAUUUUUUAUUUUUUAAAACCACGAAUUAACAGCGUGCAAGAGAUGUAAAAGCAUGCUUUCAUUUGACACUUGACCAAUGGUUUGGGCUCUUAAAAUUCAAGUAUUCUUGGCUAAAAGUUUGCCUGAUCACAAUUAACAUUAAUUGAAAAGAUAUAGAAAUUUACCAUUGAAUAGCAAAUUUUUAGAUUGAUUAGAGCCAAAAAGUAUUUCGCACAGGAGAUUUUCAGGUGAAGAAAGUUAUUUUUUGGAGUCUUGAAGACUUGAUUUGUUUCACAUGAAUUGGUUUUUAGAAUGUUUUUGUUGUUGUUUUUUUUGCACCAAAUUGAAUUUAUAUGUAAUAUUGUGAAAUAAUUUAUGAAUAUCAUAACAUUUAUUAUGUGUAUGAAAAACAUGUACAUGUUGGUGCUCUUUUGUAUUGUGUGGGAGCACUUGAAUACUUUUAUACCAGUUUAUCAUUUCAUAAAACCUUUUUUUCUUGUUUCUAUUGGCAUCUUAGGGAUUAUAUGAGGUAUUCUUUUCUUUUGAAAUAUUUACUCUUUUCUUGUCACGAUUUUCAUCUCAUUUAAUCUGCGAUUUUUUGUGAUAUGUUUAUAACAGUACUGUGCAGAUUUCUUUCAUAUUUAGCUGUUUCUUUAUGAUUUUAGCUCUACUGGUCAAAGGCCAGAAAAGCUUAUGCGAUGUGCAUCUGUAAACGAUUGAUUGUGAAAGCCUUCAGUUUUGAUUGUAUCUUAAUCAAACUUAUACAGUAGUUAGAUAUCCAUGAGAGCUUGGUGCCUUUUUUAAACCAGCCACAUUCACCAAUGCAUGACUGGAUUAUGGCCCUUGAAAGGCUGCAGUAUUUAGUAAGGGAGUUUUGUAUUAUUGUAGUACUUUUUUCCCGAUUUCUAAAAGCAAAAAUAUAUAAAAGGGAGACAACUUUGUACAGAGAGUUUGUAUUGUUGUAAAAGUCCUUGCCUUCUUUGAAACAUAUGCCUCACUAAUUGCUUCCCUUUGAAUGAGAGUUCAGUAUAUAACCAAAAAAUUCAUGCCAGUAGAGAGUAGGCUCUUGUGGGCCUCUUGUUUAUACAUAUUUUCCAUAAUGUCAAUCUAGGUAAUGUUAUGAUUCACCUGGCCCCAAUUUCUCAAACAAUCUCAAGUCCCUUAUAUGACAAGAUCAAGAUGAGCACACUAUUUGUUUGAUAUGUGUAAUGUUCUAAUUUUGAAAAGAGCUUUGAAGGUUAAUGACAAGAAGUCUUUUUAAAGAAGAAUUAGGAUGAGGUACUUUUCAUUUUUGUAAAAUCAAGUUUCUUUUAGUAAUUUGUAUCAAUAAAAUAAGAAACUUAAGCUUUUUAUUCUCAAGAUAUUGCCAGGAAUAGGGCUCAGAGGAGAAUUUUACUGUACAUUACCAACCUACUCAAGUUGAUAUUCCAAGAUGAUGGGUUCGAAGCCCAGCCAUGGCCUAAUUCUUUUGGCCUGUAUUAAAGGACAUUUGAAAUGAGGAGACUUGCUGAAGGGGAUUUCAUCCUAGCUCUUCACAAUUGAGCUAACGUAAACCAUAAUAAGGUAUAAGCUGUUCUGAGAGCUAAGUCAUGACUUUUAAGGGUAUUCGUGAACAAAAAAUAUCACCAACACUUGACUAAUGUGCUGGAAUAUUUAUUUAUUUAUUUUAACAAGCAUUUUUAGCUUGUCUUUUUUCUGACAAAAAGUGUUUUUUUGUAACAUAGGUGUAGUUGUUUUUGACAUCUUUGUUUUUCAAUCUUGGCAAGAACUCAAAAAAUGUUAAAUGAAACCAGCAGUGCGUUCAGUAAGGCGAGCAAAUGUUUUGUUUUGUAUCCCUGUUGUAAUGCAGCUCAUACACUGCAAGCAGGGAACCAAACAGCAAACGUUCGCCACAAACAUGUUUACUGAGCGCAUGGCAGGUACACAAGUUGCCAGAGACAAUACGCCCAUGUACAGCAAGGCCCAUUACUCAAAAAAUUGUUGAGUGAUGCCCCGUUUUCCAACUGUUAAACAUCAAACAAGCAAUUGGCUAUGCUCUGCAGUGCUCUUGUGUAUAUAUUAUAUUUAAAAGUCUAUUCUUAGAUUAAAAAAAAUAUUUUUGAACUCUAACUUAUAUUUUGCCUUUAUACAUAACACUUUUGUUUAUUUACUGUUGUGGAAUGUCUUCCAUUCAAAUUGUCAUAACAUGCGAAAUGGGCACAAGAAAAAGGUGUUUAAAGUAUAUUUUUUAAAGGGACAAGCUCACAGAAUUUAUGUUGGCAAUAUAUCUUUUUCUCAAUUUGUUCACAUUUAGUUGUUUUAUUUUGCUUAAAUUAAUUAACAUCAAUUAUGAACUGGAAGAUACUCAAUUUAACACAAUUUCCAAACCUUAAGCCAUUUUAUAUUAAAAGCAUUACAAUCACUAUUCAGCAAAAUAGAGGAUUUUUAACACAGUUGAGAAAGUUUUAAGAUUGUUACAAUCAUUUUGUUCAUAUCUAACAAAUUUUUUUUACUUUACAUGUCUGACCUAAUAAAGCGUGAGCAAGUGCCUUUAUGAAUGUCUACAUAUGUUGCUAUUUCGAUUUAUGUAACCUAUUAAUUUAUAAUGUUCAUAUAUGCUUAAAAAUUGGCUAAAUCUUGUCCAGCUUGAAACAUUGGCUAAAUCUUGUCCUGCUUGAAACAUUGGCUAAAUCUUGUCCUACUUAAAACAUUGGCUAAAUCUUGUUAUGCUUGAAACAUUGGCUAAAUCUUGUCCUGCUUGAAACAUUGGCUAAAUCUUGUCCUGCUUGAAACAUUGGCUAAAUCUUGUUCUGCUUGAAACAUUGGCUUAAUCUUGUUAUGCUUAAACUAUUGGCGAAAUCUUUUAUGCUUGAAAUAUAGGCUAAAUCUUAAUUGCUUUAAAUAUAAGCUUACUCUUGUUAUGCUUGAAAUAUUGGCUUAAUCUUAUUAUGUUUAAAAUAUUGGCUAAACUUAUUAUGCUUGAAACAUUUGCUAAAUCUUAUUAUGCUGGAAAUAUUGGCUAAAUCUUGUUAUGCUUGAAACAUUGGCUUAUUAUUUUAUGCUUGAAACAUUUGCUAAAUCGUGCUGCAUUUGUUUUCUUAAUAAAAAGGACUAAACAUUUUUUACAGUAAUCUUUGUCUAAAUAACUUUGUUUAUUUUCCCAUCACUGAUUUAUCAUUUGAAAAAAUAGUUAUUUUAUCAAAUUUGUUAAUUGAGAUUUGUUUGUUUACAUUAUCACAGAUAUAUUAAACAUGGAUUGGAAACUCUCUUCUAUUUCUUUAUAGAUUAUUUUAAACGCUUUUGAGAAGCAAGAUUUUCAACCAAGAUCAUAAUCUACGAUGAUAAUUUAACUAACAGAAUUUCUAAAUUACUGAGCGUGCACUAAGAAUCAUGGGUAUAUGAUUUCUUCUGAUAGUUUCACUAAUUUUGGCACUGACUACACGUAGACUAAUUCGUUCUUUGAUUAGUUAUGUUUUAGAUUAUUAUAAUCAUCCCAUUGUUUCACUGAUAAUGGGUAAUUCCCAAUCAUGGUUUACAUGUCGAUGAUGUUAUAGAAGUACAUGAGUGAAGUAGAAAAAUGCUUAUUGUUAUUUAGUUAUAAAAUUAUUGGUUAAGGUAUAUAUUCUUUACAGUGAUAUAAUCGAUAUUGAUCAGUGAAAUCAUAUUUUUAUAUUAUUGAUGAUUCACUUGUGAAAUUUUGACCCAUUUUGUUCUCCAUAUCAAAUGUCAGUGCGCAUGCAGUUGGGCAUAAAAUAUCAACGAUGUCAUUUUGGAAAUAGCAUCAAUGAUUGAUUGUAUUUCAUUUGUGGGAAUCAAAAUUUUAUAUUUUCUCUCGCGGCUGUCCCACUCGUGAAGAUGUCUUUCAGUGCUCACUGGAUGAAAUAACUCACUGACACAAACAAUAUGCUCAUAUAUUUUUAUUUUAAAAUGUUUAUUAAAAUGAAACAAAUCCAUAAAAAAUCAUGCUAAAAUCUGUAUACUUUUUAUAGCUCCUCUAUUUUCAAAGAAAAAGGUACAGGUUUUGUGUGGACAUUGGCGGCUUUAAGCAACAUAUAUUCUUUUUGGAAAACAUGAAACUCUAUUACAUUAUGAUAUCAACAAUUUGUUUAUAGAUGUUUCAAAUGGCACUAAAUAUACAUGUCAGCUAGUAGUAGGGAUGUGUGAUAUUAUCGAUAAGUUGAUAUAUUUGGUAUACAGAGCAGUAACGAUUAUAAUAGAUACACAUCAAUGAAAUAUCAAUAUUUUCUGGUUUCAUUUAUACCAUAAUGUAAAGUCAUUUAAGUAAAUCUUGAUCGAAACCUAAUUCGUCAUUGUGCUAUGAAAUAUGCAACAUGUAAUCAUUUGUUGUUUUAGUAUAUUUUUUUUGUCGAAAUUGUUAAGUCAAAGAAAACAAGUUGGAAUUCGUUAUCAAACAUGAAAGAAGUUGUCCAAGAAAAAAUAAUGAUGAAAAUAAACAUACAUUUAAGUUCUUGCUUUUUAUUUUCUAGGAUAUAUUGUGAUAAGUUUUUUUCAAACAAUACCUAUCCCUAAUUAGUAAGUUGUUAGGGCUUUCACUCUAUCUACAAAAAAUAUGGAGUAAAUCGGGCAUGUGAUUUUUCUGCAGAUUUCAGCUGAUCUAAUCUGUCCAGGCCGACCAAAAAACAAUAAAAUUGUUUUUCUAACUAAUUAAAAAAAGUUCACAGGUUGCUUUUGGGUGUAUCUUCAUUCGUUGUUAGUUUUAACAAUCAAGUUUGCUUCAAACAUGAAGUCAGGAGAGCCCUCAAAAGGCCAGAUCUAAAAAGCCUGUUAUGCUUCUGCAGAAGGCCCGUGCUUCACUCCCUUCGAUUCCCAUUGGGGGUUUAAAGCGCUCCCAAAACCCAUCGCCGAAAUCGUCUAAGCCCUUCAGCUUCCAGAUCAAUCACAUUCCUGGCUAUUUCUGAGUAAAUUGGAUGAGCAUUGUCAAUUGUAACCUACGGUGCUUUUGUAAUCUAUGGGUUGUGAUAAUUUAAGCCUGCACUAAUGGUUUUUGACCAUUUUGUCAACUUCUUUUCUAUUUUGUCUUGGAAUAAGCCAAUUUAAGCGUAAAUAUCUGGAAAACCAGUGAUAUAAGACCGCUGAAAAGAUCGUAGUAUUUUAAAUGUUCGGAAGUUGAUGUUUUAUGGCUUAAAGCAUUCAUAAUGCUUAAAAAGAAAAAAACUUUCCAGCAGUUUUUUUUAACAAUUGAGAUCUGUUCUAUUGUGGGUAUCUAUUAUAUGAUUGAAUUGAAGACAUUGAUGCCAAAAUCUGCUGAUUCUGAGACAAAAAAUUUAAAAAAUGACAAUACUGUUAAUCAGUGAGAGUGCAGCUUUAAGAUUAGUGGAGCAUUUACAUCAAAAGAUGCUUUUACAUCAAAUUGUUAUUAAUCAUUUAUUAGUAAUGUUUACUUGAAAUUGUGCUUUUGACAGUGUGAUGACCAUUUAUUGGAAAUUUGCUGCAUUAUACAGCUGCAUUGACCCUAUUUUGUAUUUAUUGUAUGUAUAAACACUUUUCCGUAAAAAAUUAGUUAUUUUGAGUUCCUUUGAAAUAAAAAAAUGUUGUAAAUUGCUAAACUAUCCAUAUUUAAUGAAUAAAGUCCCAAUUGUUCAGAAUUUUGUUUUAAAUUAACAAUGUAUUCAAAACUUCAUUGUUUAGUUUACUUUCAAAUCUUGACUACCUUGGAAGUUUCAUGGAUUCCCUUAUGAAUCAGCAAUGAUUCUUACACAAUUCGAGACAACUAUUUCAGCUGUACAUUUUUAGCUCACCUGAGCACGAAGUGCUGAAGGUGAGCUAUUGUGAUCGCCCUAUGUCCGUCGUCCCUCGUCCGUUGCAACAAUUUGACUGUUAACACUCUAGAGGUCACAAUUUGGGCACAAUCUUAAUGAAACUUGGUCAGAAUGUUACCCUCAAUAAAAUCUUGGACGAGUUCGAUAUUGGGUCAUCUGGGGUUAAAAACUAGGUCACCAGGUCAAAUUAAAGGAAAAGCUUGUUAACACUAUAGAGGUCACAUUUAUGACUCUAUAUUCAGGAAACUUGGUCAGAAUGUUAAUAUCAAUAAUCUCUAAGUCAAGUUCGAAUCUUGGUCAUGUGCGGUCAAAAACUAGGUCACCAGGUCAAAUUGAAGGAAAAGCUUGUUAACACUCUAGAGGUCACAUUUAUGACUGUAUCUUCAUGAAAGUUGUCCAGAAUGUUUAUAUAAAUAAUCUUUAAGUCAAGUUUAAAUCUGGGUCAUGUGCUGUUAAAAACUAGGUCACCAGGUCAAAUCAUAGGAAAAGCUUGUUAGCACUCUAGAGGUCACAUUUAUGACUGUAUGUUCAUGAAACUUAGUCAGAAUGUGUAUAUUGAUUAGCUCUAGGCCAGGUUCGAAUCUGGGUCAUGUGCGGUCAAAAACUAGGUCACCAGGUCAAAUUUAAGGAAAAGCUUGCUAACACUCUAUAGAGGUCACAUUUAUAACUGUAUCUUCAUGAAAGUUGGUCAGAAUGUUUAUAUUAAUAAUCUCCAAGUCAAGUGAGGUGAGCGAUACAGGGCCUUCAGGGCCCUCUUGUUAUUUAAACAUACAAGGACAUCAUAGAAUAUCCUCCCUUUAAAAGUUUACAACUAUGUUGUUAAUCAAGCUGUUAACUUUCACAAAGUUCUGAACAAUUGUGCCUAUAGAUUUAACAUUGAUUGUGUAGCGAUUUAUGGGCAUUUUCUCCUUAAAUUUUGAAUGAAUGAAAGAUCUGAAUGAUUGUUUGUUUAAAUAAUUAGGAAAGGCACUUUAACCAAACAGAAUUGUUAGAAAUCAUGACUUAGAAACUGCUUUUUUAUUUAUUUAUUCUGCUAUUAGAUUUAAGAUGAACUAUACAUUCUUAGUAAACACUUUAUAUAUAUAUAUAUGACUACUAGUUCAUAACUUCAUAUCUGUUUGUUUUUUUCUGAGCAUUUCUUAUUCUAUGUUAAUGUAUAUCUUUCUAUUGUUUAGUUUCUUGUAUUUUUUAUCAAUAUAUCUGUUGAUAGAUCAUGACUGCACUUUUUCACAAAUUGUGCAGCUGUAAUUGAAAAAAUAAAAUAAAUAUUUUUG